CGCUGCAGGAAUACACAUUUGUUCGUAAUCAUGUCCCCCGUACGCCUGGCCCUCCUCGUUUGUGACAAACCAAUCCCAGCCGUUGUAUCGAACCAUGGUGCAUAUCCGGAAAUAUUUCAUGAGUUUUUGACCGCCACGUUCCCUGGAAAGCCUGCGUCUGAACCCAGUUUUGUACUCGAUUGCUAUGACGUCGUCAACGAGCAAGCAUACCCUGCAGACGAUGCAGUUUAUGACGGAAUAUUGAUAACAGGAUCGGCUGCCUCGGCAUACGAGAACGUCGGAUGGAUUCAGAGAUUGGUGGCGUACGUAGCCUCAGUUAUCAAUGAGAAGCCAGACGUCAAAGUUAUCGGCAGCUGCUUUGGUCACCAGAUCGUCUCGAUCGCCAUGGGUGCGGAAUGCGAACCCAAUGGCGGGCGAUGGGAAGUGGGUGUGACUGAAGUGCAGUUAACGGAGAUUGGAAAGAGACUCUUUGGCCAGUCAACCAUUAACAUCCAGCAAAUGCAUCGAGACCACGUCCCAUCCUUGCCGGAAUCUUUUCAUCUGCUUGGGUCGACCCUGAUAACCCCGAAUCAAGGCAUGAUCCGUUUUGAUCCGUCUUCCUCGGCUGCGAUGCCCGUCUCAGCAUCAGCCCCGGCCACAUUUAGGUUGACGGAUAUACAGGUACUGACUGUGCAGGGUCAUCCGGAGUAUACAGCAGACAUCGUGAAGCUUCUUGUCCAGGCACGUAGUGCUACGGGCAUCAUCGACAAGGCUACCGCAGAAGACUUCUAUAAGCGUCAGGACUGGGACGAUGAUGGCAGAGGCGUCAUCGGAAAGGUUAUUUGGGGCAUCAUGGGAGUCCAAAUUGGAUAACGGCCAAGUAGAUUCGAACUGACGAAGAAGUUGUAGUCACAUAUUGACUGUGCCUCAUUUGCUCAUACAUACUGUAGAUUGUUCGAAAGGCUCGAGAACAUGGUUAUCGC